UUUCAAAAACUACACCUAACUUUGCGACCUUUACGACAGUCCAUCCCAAUGGCGUACAUAUCGGAAAACGGCAGUGAGAAGAAGAUGGCGGAGGGAGGUAAUGAUGCCGAGCUACUCAAGGAGAAGGCGAAUAAGUACUUUAAAGAAAAAGACUAUGAAAAUGCGAUCAAGUACUACACAGAAGCCUUGGAACUCAAUCCAUCCAAUGCCAUAUACUACAGCAACCGAAGCCUGGCAUACCUACGCACAGAGUGCUAUGGUUAUGCCCUGGCGGAUGCCACAAAGGCCCUGGAGGUAGACAAAAACUACAUUAAGGGAUAUUACCGCCGUGCCACCUCCAACAUGGCACUGGGCAAAUUUAAAGCUGCACUAAAAGACUACGAAACGGUAGUGAGGGUUCGACCGAAUGACAAGGAUGCAAGGAUGAAGUAUCAAGAAUGUAACAAGAUUGUGAAACAGAAGGCUUUUGAGAGAGCCAUUGCCAGCGACGAGACAAAGAAAUCUGUUGUUGACUCUUUGGACAUUGAAAACAUGACGAUUGAGGAUGACUAUACAGGCCCAAAACUUGAAGACGGGAAGGUCACAUUGAAGUUCAUGAAAGAGAUGAUGGAUUGGUUCAAAGAUCAGAAGAAACUGCACAGAAAGUGUGCUUAUCAGAUUUUGGUGCAAGUUAAAGAUGUUCUGUCAAAACUGCCAAGUCUUGUUGAAAUCACGUUAAAAGAGACAGAAAAAAUAACUAUUUGUGGGGACACCCAUGGCCAAUACUACGAUCUCCUCAACAUCUUCAAGUUGAACGGCUUACCUUCUGACACCAACCCUUAUCUGUUCAAUGGUGACUUUGUGGAUCGUGGCUCUUUCUCUGUUGAGGUCAUUCUUACCCUUUUUGGCUUCAAGCUGCUCUACCCCAACAACUUCCACUUGCUUAGAGGUAACCAUGAGACGGACAACAUGAACCAGAUGUAUGGAUUUGAAGGGGAGGUCAAAGCCAAGUACACAGCCCAGAUGUUUCAGCUUUUCAGCGAGGUGUUCCAGUGGCUUCCUCUUGCACAGUGUAUCAACAAUAAAGUACUGGUUAUGCAUGGUGGGCUGUUCAGUGAAGAUGGUGUCACAUUGGAAGACUUGAGGAAGAUUGACAGGAAUAGACAGCCUCCAGACUCAGGUCCUAUGUGUGACCUCCUCUGGUCAGAUCCACAGCCACAGAAUGGCCGGUCGAUCAGUAAGCGAGGGGUGAGUUGCCAGUUUGGGCCCGAUGUGACGGAGCGCUUCCUGGAGCAGAACAAGCUGGAUUUCAUUGUGCGUAGUCAUGAGGUCAAAGCUGAGGGGUACGAGGUCACUCACUCAGGGAAGUGCAUCACCGUGUUUUCAGCACCCAACUACUGUGAUCAGAUGGGAAACAAAGGAGCAUAUAUCCACCUCAGGGGAUCAGACCUCAAACCAGAAUUUCACCAGUUCACAGCUGUGCCUCAUCCGAAUGUCAAGCCCAUGGCAUAUGCCAACACGCUAAUGCAGUUGGGGAUGAUGUAGAGACCCAUCUAAUCUGUCUGUGACACUGAUGACCUCCCAUCGGAUCCGAACCAUCCCAGCCACCUCGUUCCUUCCAGCGCUCGGACAUGCUGUUGUUCAUGCUUAGCCUAAGGGAUCCCUCUCCCCAAAAAACUUCAGCUAGUUGUACGCAUAAAGUGUGUGGUUUAGUUCGGAUGGGAAGAGAUCACUUAGACCAGCCCAGUCCAGACCUGGAUAUACUCCUUCACAUUACCGGCUAAAACUGAAAAAUUACAAUUUCCGUUGUCCCUUUGCCUGCUCUUGUGUUCCAUCAGUGGGUACAAAAACAACCACAACAUUUUCUGACGAGUUUCCUUCAAGCUGCUUUGUUUCUAAAUAUGUGAGCUCAUCAGAUGGCAUCAUAUAGCUGGUAUUUACCAAAGAUCUGUAAUGAAAAUGAUUGUUCAGUUUUUGCAAGGUGCAUCUUGUGACUCUGAAACCUAGCAUUGUAUACUGUUGGCCUGCAUACACAGAGAUUAGAGCUUUGUAAACUGGUUGAAAAGCAGCAUGUCUAUCAGUGUUUCUCAAACCACUCUACAGUAUGUCAGUUUAUUUCUCACAAAUCCAAAAUCUUAUUACAUGUAUGAUUCCAGUCUAAAAAACAGAGAUUGAGUCUCUGGGUACACACUGAAAGGUGCUGUUUGCCAUUAGUGGUGUAUUUAGCUGGUUCAGUCACGUGCACUGCUUCCCAGUAAGGAAGAUACUGCUGCUCUCCAUGUGUUCAUCUCCUCGGUCGUCAUUGUGCCACUGACCCAGCGGUUCCCGCACAGUCCACUCUCUCCAAACUAGCUUGUAAAGCAAACACUGUUGGCACUCUAGUCUCCAAUACAUGUUCAAUUACCAGUGACUUAUUAACCCCGUAUGUGAAUUUCUUCAGUACACAAACAUCCGAAAUGCAAUCCUGUCUUGAAACGCACAGCUGCAUUGUCCAGUGGCCCUCAACUUUUUAGAUAAAGAAAUACACUGAUGUGUAUGUAUAUAUACUGUAUCAUUUAAAGAUUCUGUGUAAUGUUUGGAGAAAAAUAUUGAAUAAAAAACGCCAGUCCAGUGAUUUUAGAAA